AUGACACAACUCAUCUGGCUCGUCACAGCGACCACCUCCGGGCUUGGAGCUGCCCUCGUCGAGCAACUGGUCGCAAGAGGCGACAAGGUGAUUGCCACAGGUCGGAACGCAGAAACACGGCUCGAGCAUUUGAAGUCGGAAAAUGUAGCCGUCAUCAACCUUGACGUCACUGCACCUCGGUCUGAAAUCAACGCUCGAGUGAAACAGGCCUGGGAAGUUUGGGGGCGUAUCGACGUCCUGAUGAACAAUGCCGGUAUUUCGGCACCAAAGAGCUUUGAGGAAGCUGAUGAUGAUUUCGUUGACAACAUCUUCAACGUCAACCUCUUCGGCACUUUGCGCAUCACACAGGCAAUCCUGCCCUAUUUCCGAGCCCAGAGAAGCGGCACUAUUGCAUUUACUGGUGCUGGUGUAGGGUGGGGAGCCAUUCCCUUCCUCUCGCACUACGCCGCCUCAAAAGCUGCUCUUGACAUUUUCGUUGAGGGACUUGCAACCGAGGUCCAGCCAUUCAACAUCCGCUGCGUCAUCUUUGAGCCCGGUGGUUUUGUAUCGCAGCUUGGGAUGCCUCGCGAGGGGUCUAAUGAUGGGUUCGGAAAAUACAAACCAGCGAUAGCGGACUACAAUCCUCUGUUUGACGAUAUGAUGAACGUCUUCGCCACAGACAUUGGGCCGAACAUGCCCGGGGACGUCGACAAAUUGGCGGAGCGUGUCGUGGAUUGCGUACAGCGCAAAGGGCUUUUUGCUGAGCAACCAUGGGAGGUACGAGUUAUCCUCGGGAGCGAUUCACUAGCUGUGAUUCGGCAAAAGUGCAAAGAACAGUGCAAACUUGCAGAUGACGGGGAGGCUGUAAGUCUUAGCACAGACCGGGAUGGUCAUAGCCACGUCCCUAGCCAAGGGAUGUUACGGUUCACAUCAAUACUGGAGCCGGAGGUCUAG